AAAAAGUACAACGAGGAGUGGAGGGAAACGAUCGUGAAAGAUACUUAUAUGCUGCAUAAUGUCAGGAAUUGCUUUAGCUCGUUUAUCUGAAGAAAGGAAAGCUUGGCGAAAAGAUCAUCCAUUUGGAUUUGUGGCCAGACCAACCAAAAAUCCUGAUGGAACGCUGAAUCUCUUGAAUUGGGAAUGUGCAAUACCAGGCAAAAGAUCGACGUCAUGGGAAACUGGUCUAUUUAAGCUGAGGAUGUUAUUCAAAGAGGAUUAUCCAAGUUCUCCUCCAAAGUGUAAAUUUGAACCACCAUUAUUCCAUCCCAAUGUUUACCCAUCAGGCACAGUGUGUUUAUCAUUACUAGAUGAGGAGAAAGACUGGAGACCAGCUGUUACAAUAAGACAGAUUCUACUUGGAAUUCAAGAACUUUUAAAUGAACCUAAUAUCAAAGACCCAGCUCAAGCUGAAGCAUACACAGUUUACUGCCAAAACAGAGUAGAAUAUGACAAACGCAUCCGGGAUCAGGCAUUGAAAUUCAAGGAUCCUUCAUUGUGAAUCAUGGACACAUUUCUAAGAUAAUGGUUCUUAUUUAUGGACUUUCAAUUGAAUAAUUACAACUGAAAUUUAUGUCUGUUCGUAAUUGUAUUUGUUAUUGUAAACAUUAUUUUCUGUAUUGUCCUUUGAGAAUACAUCUGGCAAAGGUUUAUACUGUAUUCAGAUAUAAAGUAUGAACAGUGUUGAUAAGAAAUGUACACAAACUAUUACAUCUUUAUAUAUGGUUGUUUGGUUGACUUGUCUUUUGAAUCCUGUUGUGUCAAGAUCUGUUAGAUUCACUAUAUUUUUAUUUCAAAGGUUUUGAAUGGAACCUUUGCAUAUAUAUCUGUAAGUUUGUGUGCAUCAGUUACUGGUAAAGUUGUUCAGUUUGAAUCACAUAAUGUUUUGUCAAGUUUAAAAAUUAUAUUGCUGAUUUAAUAUUGAUGGCUGUAACUAUCACAAAAGAGUAUUUCAUUAUUCCAUUAUAUUCCAUUUAUUUAAAAAGAAUUAUCAUCAUUAAUAUUACAAGUUGUUUUCAGCAAACGUUUGUGAGACCUACCAUCAACAGUAUAUGGGAAUGAGGCCUAAGUACCCAGGAACUUUUGUCGAUGUGGCAAAUGUGAUGGUAAAAAACAUGUGAUCAUAUGUUUGUCUCUGGAAUAGUAAACUUAAUUUGUAUUACCACUUACAAAGAAAUUCAUUUCCAACAGUAAACUCAUGGAAAGCUGAUUUCAGAAUAGUGUGAGUCUCAGUGUCUACAUGAUGUGGAAUAAAGUGCUAUGUUGAAUAUACAUUUAAUGUGGCUUUCAAAAAUUAAAGAUUGAGGGACCUAGUUGUGUGAUCUUUAGUUCUUAUGAGCCUUGGCAAAGACUUUAAAAACUUGCAGCACUUAUCAGUCACAUUAAAAAGUCUGCUAUGCUUUAUCUCAAAAAUGUUGUUCUUCAAAACAAAAACCUGCUUUAUAUUGGACAUGAUACUCUCCAUGAUGAUAUUAAAACAAUUUCAUCCUUUUUGUCUUAGAGUUUCCAAUCAGUUACAAACAACUGAGAACAAACUGAGAAGAAAUUUUGUUUUACAACUUAAACAAGACUACAUCAAUAAGUGUUCAAUAGAAAGUCUUGAUUGAAAUAAGAGAAGAAAUAACCUCACGCUUAUACACAGAAUGUAAUGGAUGCCGUCUGAUGUCCUUACGUGACUCGAUACAUGAUCACAAACAGUUGGCUCUUAAAACAAUCAGCUACUUUGUUUAAAUACAUCUUUUCUCUCUGUACUUUCAAUAUUGUUUCUCUAUAUAUUGCAGACAUUUGAAGACAAAAAGGAAACUGAUAUGUAAUAACAGAAAUACAUUUUUUUAUUACAAAGUAAUAGUUAACUGAAUAGUAAUGCUUUAAAAGUGUAGUUGGCAUUGCAAGGUCAAAAGUGAACGUUUCACAGAAAGUGUCUAUUUGUUUUCGAUCACCGAUAUUCAUUUUAUCUGUCAAUGAAUAGGAGAUACUUUAGUUAAUAAAACAAACUAUUUUGAAUUUAA